GGGGCGGCGGCGGAGGUCCAAAGGGGAGCGCAGCAGUGACGGGCUGAGAGUCACUCCGGAGGCGGCAGCGGGGGAGGAGACGAGGGGACUAGGGGCCAGGGCCGGGAUUUCGUGCGAGUCUGGAGCGCGCUGAUCAGAGCCGCCGGCCACGACAGGCGAAGGCGGAUGCAGGGGCUGGCCGUGGUGACUUCGGACCUGAGCCCCCUUCCGGUCUGCGGAGAUGGGCCACAGGCUCGGUCGAGUAAGGAGUCAGUGGCUUUUCACCUUCAGAGCUGCAGAAAGGGAGGGAUGGAGGAUGAACACGAGCCGCCGUUACAGCCUCGGACUCAGUUCCAGGGCAGGGUCCUGCUGCUGACCAUCUGUGCGGCUGGCAUUGGUGGGACUUUUCAAUUUGGCUACAACCUCUCCAUCAUCAAUGCCCCGACUUCGUACAUUCAAGAAUUCACCAAUAAGACGUGGCGGAUGCGAACUGACCGGCCGCUGCCCGACCAUCUGGUCCUGCUUGUGUGGUCCCUCAUCGUGUCUCUGUACCCCAUGGGGGGCCUUCUGGGAGCACUGCUUGCUGGCCCCUUGGCCAUCACACUGGGGAGGAAGAAGUCCCUGCUGGUGAAUAACAUCUUCGUGGUGGCUGCGGCGACCCUGUUUGGCUUCAGCCGCAGAGCAGGCUCCUUUGAGAUGAUCAUGCUGGGACGGCUGCUCGUGGGCGUCAGCGCAGGUGUGAGCAUGAACAUCCAGCCCAUGUACCUGGGGGAGAGCGCACCCAAGGAGCUCCGAGGGGCUGUGGCCAUGACCUCAGCCAUCUUCGCCGCCCUGGGGGUCGUGAUGGGUCAGGUGGUUGGACUCAGGGAGCUCCUGGGUGGCCCGCAGGCCUGGCCCCUGCUGCUGGCCAGCUGCCUGGUGCCUGGGGUGCUCCAGCUGGCCUCCCUGCCCCUGCUCCCCGAGAGCCCACGCUACCUCCUCAUUGACUGUGGAGACUCCGAGGCCUGUCUGGCAGCGCUGCAGCGGCUGCGGGGCCCCGCGGACCUGGCCGAGGAGCUGGCCGAGUUGGAGCGGGAGCGCGCCGCCUGCGAGGGCCGGCGCGCGCGGCGCCCGUGGCAGCUGUUCCGGGACCGCGCGCUGCGGAGGCAGGUGACGAGCCUGGUGGUGCUGGGCGGGGCCAUGGAGCUGUGCGGGAACGACACGGUGUACGCGUACGCGUCGGCAGUGUUCAGCCAGGCGCGGAUUCCCCCGGAGAAGGUCCAGUACGCCGCCAUCGGGACCGGGGGCUGCGAGCUGCUGGCGACGCUGCUCAGCUGUGUGGUGAUCGAGAGGGUGGGCCGACGGAUGCUGCUGAUGGUGGGGUACGGCCUGAUGACCUGCUGGGGGAGCGUCUUCACAGCGGCCCUGUGCCUGCAGAGCUCCCUCCCCUGGAUGCCCCACCUGGCCAUGUCCUGCGUCUUUGCCUUCAUCCUCAGCUUUGGCAUUGGCCCUGGCAUGUGCGAUCUUAGUUCCUGGACCAGAGAUGGAACCCGCACCCCCUGCAUUGUAAGGCGAAGUCUCAACCGCUGGACCACCAGGGAAGUCCCCAGAUGUUUUUAAUUUUAAAGAAGUUCAGCUUAUGAAUUCUUUCAUGGAUUGUGUUGUAUCUAAAAACUGAUCACCACAUCCACAGUCAUCUAGUGUCCACCAUUUUUUUUUUAAGCUGCACUGCGUGGCUUGCAGGAUCUCAGUUUCCUGACCAGGGAUUGAACCCAGGCCCAGUGAAAGUGCCGAGUCCCAAUCACUGGAGCACCAGGGAAUUCCCUUAUUCAUUUACUUUUAAUGGAUGUCCAGUGGUGCUGGCACUGUUUGUUGAAAAGACCAUCUUUUCCCCAUUGGACUACCUUGGCACUUAGGUCAAAAAAACAAUUGAUCAUUGUUGUAUCAUAAAGAAUUUGUCUGGCUUUCAGUAGGAAGCAGUAACCGCCAAAUCAGCAGAAGCGGCAAGCAGUAGGUUCUCUGGGGAGCGAGAACUCUCUGAGUCGGGGUCAGGAGAGGUCUCAUGGAGAAGUCACCUGGAGCUGGCUUCCUGAGGACAGGCCCAGCUGGGGUUCCUUUGGAGGCAGGAGUGUUGAAGGAUGGGACUGAAGGCCUGUGGGUCCGGUAAACGCAGAGCUUUCUGGAAGGCAGGUGUCAGCACUCUGGGAGCCCUCUGUGUGUUCUCCCAGCUUCUCUCUGGCACCUGCCCCAUCUCCACCUCUGCUGACCUGCCUCCCCAGCUGCCCCCCCACCCUCGGCACCAGUGGCCACCCUGGCCGCUACUGGCCCCUGGUGAAGAUUAGUGAGAAAGGAUCCAUCCCUCGAAAUCCCGUGGUGCACAGGCUGUGAGCAGGGCAGGUGUCAGGCUGUGUCCCAGGUCUGGGACUGCACUGGUCACACUUAGGUGCCCUGGUCCCCAGCACGGACCAUAAAGAUGCCCCCAGCUGGGCCUAGCCCUUGGGCCAUGUCCCACUUGCUGUCCACCCAGCCAAAUUGGCUCUGAGAGUGUGGGGUGGGCGUUGGAAGUCCUUGUUGCCCAGGGAACCCCUCAGCAGGGCAAGGAAACAGGGACAGGGCCCCGCAGACAGGAGAGGCCGUGCCAGGAGAGGUGGGGGAGACGCAGCUUGGCCUCAGGUUUGAUGGGAUGGGGGAGGGGCGGGGGUGGGGAAGGACCUGGCCACCAGGGAGGGAAAGCACAGUCGCCCACACUGCCCAGUGCCACCAUUAGGGUCAGGCCUGUUAGUCCGUUUUCUGCUCCAGGACACUUGAUGACAAAGCAAUGAGAUCGGGUAGCUUUUACUGAGCACAUACUGAAUGCAGGCACUUUGCGCUUGUCCUUAAUCUCGUUAAAUCUUCACACAAAUCUAUGGAAAAAGAAUUCCCCCAUUUUGAAAUUUUGCAGCUGAGACUCAGAGAGUUUAAGAGGCUCAGCCCAGAUCACCCUCUCUGAACCAUGUCUCAUCCUGUGGGGGAGAGCUGGCCAUGACCGCGAGCGCCCCAACAAGCCUGGGCCCUGCUUUUGCAGGGUGGUGCUCUCCUGGCAGACACCCCUCUUAAAAUCCUGUACCUUCAGCUACAGCUCGGGGUUGGGGGGGGCGGUCUCCAGCAGGGAUGAUGACCCCCCAGGUCUUCUUCCGCUGUGACUGGAGGGGGAGGGUGUUUCCUUUGCUUGUCUUUGCUGCAACUUUUACCACAUUCAGCGAACAAGGGCACAGGGCCUGGUGCGUGGGGGACAGUCAGGGGCUCAAGGCUGGCUGGGUUCUUGCUGUGAGUGAUGAACCGCGAGUGCCCGGGGGAGGGAUGGCAAGGGGAAUGAAGCUGGCGAAGGGGCUGUGGGAGCCGGUGGUCAGGUGGACCGUCCGUGGACGUGGACCGAUGGCCAGGUCCGUGUCAGGGAGAGGCAGCAAGAGGACAGCAGUAGCCCUGCAUCAUGGAGUCAGCAGGCCCUCUCCCUCCCCAUGCACCCCUUCCAGCGUGGGUGACUUGCGUCCUGCCCACAGAGAUGUUCAACCGGGGUGGGGGGCACGGCUGCCAGCUUUAGGGCCCUGCCGGGUGCUCGUAUGGGCCGUAUUCCUCCUCAUCCAGCUGGCGUUUCCCUACAUCCUGAGGUUUCCUUCCCACCCCCUCUCUGCCCAGCAGCCCUCAACUGUGGGGUGUGGCCCUCAAGAAGUCCUCUGUACCAGCCAGGAGCUGCCCUGGGGCUGCAAACGUCAGAAACCCUGACCAGUGGUGCUUCAAGCAGAGAGGGGCUUACUUUUCUCCUGUAAUGUAAAGGCAGCUGAAGGGGCUGGGCAGAGCCGCCAGAGCCCCAGGCUCCUCGGGUUGCCACUCCCCCUCCUUUGCCUGUGUUUUUCCAGCUCAGGGUUGCCUGGCAGCUGCUGCACGUCUGGCAGUCCUGUUCAGGUUCCAGGCGGGAGUGCAGUCCUGUCCAGGUUCCAGGAGGGGUUAGGAGGAAGGGCGUAGGGUAGAGCUUCCAUCUGCAGGCAGCUGCUUCCCUGUGGACCCUGCACAUCACAUGGGCCGCAGCUACCUCCAGUGGCCAUGCCUGGUUGCCAGUGGCUCUGGGGCAGUGAAGGUUCUAAGGAAACAGAACUGGGAUGCUGUCAGUGAGGAGGGAGGGGGAGAGGAUUUUGGGGGCCAAGGGCUCCUGGUGCGUGUGCGCUGUUGUUCAGCAGGUGAUUGUAGAGCCCCUGGGGAUGCCGGGGUGUUACUGUUCUAUUGCUCCUAGAACAAAUUACCACAAAUCGAGCAGCUUAAAACAACACAUGUUUAUUAUCUCAGUUUCUGUGGGUCACAAUCUAGUACAAAGUGACUGGUCUUCUUCUUCAGGUCUCACGGCCGAAGUCAAGCCGUCUCCAGGUCAAAUAGGGAGGAACCCACUUCUGAGCUCAUUCAAGCUGCUGGCAGAAUUCAGUUCCUUGCAGCUGAACGACUGAGGCCCCUUCAUCUUCAAAGCCAGUAACGGCACAUCUGAGUCCUUCUGCUUCGAGGCUCUCUGACCGCCCCUCCUGCUGCAUCUCUUACUUGAGCUGGAGAAAAUUCUCUGCUUUUAAGGGCUCAUGUGAUUACGUUGGCCCCACCCAGAUAAUCCAUGACAACCUCCCUACUGUGAAGUCUGUAGCCCUAAUUACAUCUACAAAGUGCCUUUUGCCAAGUAAGGUAACAUAUUCACAGGUUCCAGGGAAUCGGGUGUGGUCGUCUUUGGAGGCCCUCCGCCUGCUACCUAGUAAUGGGUCAGAAGGUAGGCCACAGCAAUGUCCCCCACCUCAUGCAGCCCAGAAAGGAAGCAGUAACUCGCAAACAGAUAUGGUGACGGCCUUGAAGUAGAGGACCUGACGGAGCCAGGAGCUCUGGGGCUUUCCUGACGAACUGAGCGACAGCGUUCCACGACCAACGCCCAAGCCAGGAGCCAGAAGCCAGGAGCACGGGCCCCGAACAGUGGCUCACCUACACGGUGUCGCAGGUUAUUUGCUGGCAAGGCUUCAAUGUGUCACCCACUUCCACUAUCAGAGAACCGCCCACCAGGUGCUGGCUCCUGAAUCUUCUGGCUGGAGUCACUUGGGUCAGUUCUGUUCACAUUUCACUGGGCAAGGCAAGUCACAUGGCCAGAUCUGCUGCCAGUGGGUGGGGAGACAGACCCCUCCCCCAGGCAGGCCAGGCCAGGCCAAAGGUGGUGCCAGCUAACUUAGGCUAAGGCGGGGUGGGGGCCGGAGAAGUGAGGGUAAAGGGACAGUGGAUGGAGGUACAUUUCACUGGCAGGCGAUCAGGGGUGGGAGAAUAGUCAUGCACCUGGAUUUGGACACAGGUAGCAGGACAUGCGGAGUUGGCUGCUGGGGAUCGGAGGAGCACCCCAGGCUGGAGACAAUGCAUGGGGUGCCUCAGUGGUAACAGAGCCCUGGGCACAGGAAGUCUGCUGGGGUGUGGGAGUGGGGAGGGAUAUGACCUGGGGCCCACCUGGAGGGAUCCACAUUUAACAGAGUAUUUGCACAGCUGGGCCAUGUGACCUCCUGCCUGAGGCCGCCUGCUCCCACAGGCAUGGUGGCCUUGCUCUAUCACAUGCCCAGUGUCCAGGCCAGUGUGUGCUGUGCCACCUUAACCAGACCACACUGCCAGAGACCAAGGACAGGACCUCCCUGGAGAGCUCUGAGACUUGGCCAAACCAGCAUGAGCCAAACCCCCUCGAGUGCCUGCAGAGCUCUGCUCCCCAGCACAGCCCCCCCACCAGGGUCUCCUCAGAGCGGGAGUCGGGUGGCCCUCCUGCCCAGGAAUGGCAGGGCCUGCAGGCUCAUCCCUGGCCCUGUCCUCGUCCUGCCGUGUCAUGGCUAACUUCAUUCAUUCAGCCAGUAUUUAGUCCAUGUCUCUUGUAUGUUUGGCACCUACUAGGUGCCCCCUGAGCUGACCAACAGUGGAAGAGAGAGACUGCACCCAGGGCUCUGUGAGAGGGCAUCCGCACAGGACCUGGCUAGGGUGGGGCUUCCCUGAGGAGCUCAAGUUUCCAGACCUGCAGAGGGGUUGUCCAGGGAACCGGAUGGGGCUUUGGCGUGGGCUCUGAGACGGAGUUGCUGACUGCCUUUGGAACCCCUCCUACUCCCUGCCCCUCCCCUGGGCACCUCCCAGCAUCCUUACCCACCGUGAAGAGCAGGGGUGCAGGGAAGGCCUCUGGAUGGUGACUCGCUUGUGGCAGCCCCCUCCCACCUGCAUCAAUGACCACCCCUCCCCAUCACACACACACACGCGCGCGCGCACGCGGAGACUGCGGACACACAAGGGCUCAGUGGAAUGAGCUGGGACUCCAUCUUCUUGUCCGGCUGUGAUCUGCUGGAGGGCCAGGGGCCAUCUGUCCCGCUAAAAGCCGCAUCCCCGCUGCUCCCGGCACACAGACGUCGCUGUGACUAGAUGAAAGGACAAACGAGGGACAGGCAGAUUUCUGGCCGCCGCGUGGAGAACUUUGAGGAGGUGCUCAGGGCCAAUGGCCGACUCUGCAGUGGCUCCGAGUUCCGCCGGGCGGGCUGGGCCUCCGCAGGCGGUGACGUCACCAGGCGCGAGCGCGCCGCGGCCUUGGGGGCGGGGCCUCCGCCGGCUGGGGCGUCACGGGAGGCUGGGCCGCAGCCGCACUGGGCGGGGCGCCGGGCGGCGGUCACGUAGCUCCGAGGUUUCCCGGCGGUGUUUGCGCGCGAGUCGGUUGGUUCCUGCAUCCCUGUCUUCCCCGUCCUUCGCCAUCAUGCCGAUGUUCCUGGUGAACACCAA